AGCGCUUAUGUCUGCGUCACGUAACAUUGCAUGAGAGUUGUCCAACUAUCAGUAACUAUUAUAGACUCAUUUCUUUCACCUUCGUUUGAUCUUUUCAGCAUUUUUGAAAGAACAAUAAAAAAUGGCCGAUAGCGAAGUGGAUACAUCAACGUCAUGUGUACAGCCUGUUGUUUCUUUGAAAAUUAUAUUAAAAGUACGCACACCAGAUGGAAUGUUUAUGUACUUCAAAAUUGCAAGGGCUACUCCACUUGGGAAAUUAAUGCAGAAAUAUUGUGAAAGAUAUAUUUUAGAGUUGACAAAUGUCAUAUUCCGAUUCAAUGGAAGAAGAGUUGCUACCACUGAUACUGCAGCAUCUCUAAACAUGGAAGACGGCGACAUUAUUCAAGUUUAUCACACUUCACGAUUACAACAUAUUUAAUUAUAUAAUAUCUAAUUCUAAAUAU